AUGUCGAUACCAAAGUUAUCCAUUACUACCAUAUCUAUUAUUGCUGUCGUUCUUCGGCUGACGUUGUUAGCGUACGGUGAAUGGCAGGACGCGAACAUGCAAGUGAAAUAUACUGACAUAGAUUACAAAGUGUUUUCCGAUGCUGCCCGAUUUAUUACAUUAGGUGAAAGUCCAUAUAAACGCUCAACAUAUCGCUAUACGCCUCUUCUCGCCUUUCUGCUAACACCUAAUAUAUAUAUACACAAAUCUUUUGGAAAGCUUGUGUUUAUACUCGCCGAUAUUGUUGUGGGAGUUUUAAUACAUAAAAUAUUAUGCUUACGAGGGCUAAAUGAACAAAAAGCUGCUAAUUAUUCAGCAUUAUGGCUUUUAAAUCCUAUCGUAGCAAAUAUUUCGACGCGUGGAAAUGCAGAAUCUUUACUUGGAGCAAUGGUUUUGUUAACUCUAUACUGUAUUUUAGUGAAAAAAUUCCUCUUUGCUAGCAUUCUAUACGGACUUUCAGUUCACUUUAAGAUAUAUCCUAUCAUUUAUGCAAUCCCAUUAUUGGUUUUACUGGAUGAGGAAGAUUAUCAAGGAUUAAGAAGAAAAGGCAAGGAAAAAGAGCAUGAUAAAAGUUCAUGGAGGUAUUGGGUUGGGAAGAUGUCAAGAUUUGUUACACCGACACGAAUCGAAUUUGCACUGAUAAGUGGUAGUGUAUUCUUUGUCUUGAAUGGGAUUAUGUAUCUUUUAGGAUCACUUUUGGGUUUAGUUCUUUUCAUACCACAAAUUGGCCUCGUUACACUAUUGGGCAUUGUAUUUGGCAAAGAUAUAUUAUUCGCGUGUUUUAUCCAGACAUUUACGUUUGUGGCUUACAAUAAAGUUUGCACAUCACAGUAUUUCAUGUGGUAUAUUUGUCUAUUCCCACUCAUAAUUCACUCUACCGCGAUUAAAUUCAAAUAUAAAGGGUUUUUAAUGUUAUUUGCGUGGAUUAGCGGUCAGGCUAUUUGGUUAUAUCAAGCUUAUCUUCUUGAAUUCCUUGGCGAAAAUACAUUUUUAAGGAUAUGGAUGGCAAGUAUUGCGUUCUUUGUAAUAAAUAUAUGGAUACUAACAGAAAUUGUGAAAAAUCACAAUUAUGAAAAAUGUUUCGAGCUGGGCAAGAUCCGGAAUGUCUGGGGCAAUUCUGGCGACAUAAAAAAUGACAAACACCAACAAAGAUAA